UAUAUAUAAAAAUCUCUUCUUUUCUUGUAUUGUGAUUGAUUUUCUUCAUCAAAUUCAAAUUGUAAUUCAACAAUGACUGUCUCUGGUGUAAUCUCCCGGAAAGUUCUGCCAGCUUGUGGGAAUCUUUGUUUCUUCUGCCCUUCAUUGAGGGCAAGGUCUAGACAACCUGUGAAGAGGUACAAGAGGCUCAUUGCUGAUAUUUUUCCUCGUAACCAGGAGGAAGGGCCAAACGAUAGGAAAAUAGGAAAACUAUGUGAUUACGCUGCCAAAAAUCCUUUGCGAAUCCCAAAGAUUGUGACCGCCCUUGAGCAAAAGUGUUAUAAGGAACUUCGAAAUGAGAAUUUACAUACAACAAAAAUAGUCAUGGCCAUUUACAAGAAAUUACUAUCCUCUUGUACUGAACAAAUGCCACUAUUUGCAAGUAGCUUGAUAAGUAUUAUUCACACACUACUGGAUCAACAACGGCAGGAUGAAAUGAGAAUUAUAGGAUGUUAUCUUCUUUUUGAUUUUGUAAAUAAUCAGACUGAUGCAAGUUACCUAUUCAACUUAGAAAAUGUUAUCCCAAAGCUAUGUCAGUUGGCUCAAGAAACUGGGGAAGAUGAGAGGGCAAGAAAAAUUCGUGCGGCUGGUCUGCAAGGCCUUUCCUCGAUGGUGCGGUUUAUGGGUGAACACUCUCACAUAUCAGUUGAAUUUGACAAUAUUGUUACUGUUGUCUUGGAAAACUAUGAAUGUCCUGGGCAAACUUUAGGCAGCUUUCAUCAUGAGAGACAAGAUUCUGACAAUAUGCAUGGCGAAGAAGCAAUGACGAAUGAAAAUAACAACUCUACGUUAGUAGAUGUCAGAAAGAGAAACAGAUCCUGGAGUGUAAUUGUUGAUGACAAACGUGAAUUGCAUGUGUCAAUGGAAGAAAACAGCAAUCCCUUCUUCUGGUCUGGGGUUUGCCUACAUAACAUGGCCAACUUAGCCAAGGAUGGUUCUACCAUACGCCGUGUAAUGGAAUCUAUAUUCCGAUACUUCGAUAAUGGAAACUUGUGGUCUAUAAAUGAUGGCCUUGCCUUUUCUGUUUUAAAGGAUAUGUUGUUUUUAAUGGAUGAUUCUGGAAAAAACACACAUGUUUUGUUGUCAAUGUUAAUUAAGCAUCUGGAUCAUAAAAUUGUCCUUAAAGAACCCAAAAUGCAGCUUGACAUUGUUGAGGUGACCACUUCACUUGCUCAAUAUGCAAAGGUUCAACCUUCUGUAUCAAUAAUUGGUGCUCUAAGUGAUGUGAUGAGACAUUUGCGGAAGAGCAUACAAUGUUCCUUAGAAAACUCAAAUCUAGCAAGUGAUGUAAUCGAAUGGAACAAGAACUUUAGAGAAGCUGUGGAUAAGUGCCUUGUACAGUUAUCAAUUAAGGUUGGAGAACCAGGCCCUAUUCUAGAUGUUAUGGCUGUGAUGUUAGAGAAUAUCUCAAAUAUUACAGCAAUAUCCAGAACCACAGUGGCUGCUGUAUACCGGACUGCUCAAAUUGUUGCCUCCUUACCAAAUUUAUCCUAUCAAAAUAAGGCAUUCCCUGAAUCAUUGUUUCAUCAGCUACUCCUGGCUAUGGUCCAUCAAGAUCAUGAGACACAAGCAACGGCUCACCGUGUCUUUUCAGUAGUUCUUGUGCCAACCUCAGUUUCCCCUCGGUCAGGCAUGCUUGCUUCCAAUAAGGCAUCGGAUGUUCCACGAACUCUCUCUAGAGCAGUCUCUGUCUUUUCUUCUUCAGCUGCCUUGUUUGAGAAGCUAAAAUCAGAGAAACGUUCUUCAAAUGAAAAUUUAAGUCAAUAUAACAAGGAAAAUAAUGCUGGAGAGACUGAACCAACUAAUGGUGUUGGCGGGUUCCUAAACAGAUUGAAGUCGACUAAUAAUCGUGUGCAUCAUGGGAGUGGGAGUGGGAGUGGGAGUGGGAGUCAGCUACCUACAGUGGAUGAAAAUAGUACAGAUGAUGACAAUGGGAAUUUGGAAAUUGCAGCCCUCAGGUUAAGUAGUCUUCAGAUAAAUCAAUUGCUAUCAUCAAUUUGGGUUCAGUCUAUCUCUCCUACAAAUUUGCCUGAAAAUUAUGAAGCCAUUGCUCAUACAUACAGCUUGGUGUUGCUUUUUUCUAGAGCUAAGAAUUCUUUUCAGGAAGUCCUAGUUCGGAGUUUUCAGCUUGCUUUUUCUUUGUGGAAAAUUUCUCUUAAAGAAGGGUCAUUGCCACCAUCUCGCCGAAGAUCGCUCUUUACUUUAGCACUUUCGAUGAUUUUGUUUUCUUCAAAAGCCUACAAAAUCAAAUCUCUUGUUCAGAGUGCCAAGGAAACACUUACAAAGAAACAGAUUGAUCCCUUCCUUCGUUUGGUUGAUGAUCAUAAGCUGCAAGCUUUCAGCACUGCAUGUGAUGGUUCGACCAUUGCCUAUGGAUCGAAAGAAGAUGAUUACAGGGCCUCAAAUUCACUUCCAGAGUUAAUGACUCUUACACAGAAAACACAGGAAUUCUUUGUUUCUGAAAUCAUCCAGAACCUGGAAGUGUUGGAAGAGGAUGAACUAUCCUCAAUAAGAGAGCAGCUUCUAGAAGAAUUCUCACCGGAUGAAAUGUGUCAAAUUCGUUCGCAGUUGAUCACAAAGAAGCCUGAAAAGGAUGUUUCAGUUACUUCAAUUGAGGAUGACUCUUCUUUCGAUUUUUUCGAGAAUCAAAUGAAAAACAAUGCAAGAUUGUCGACAGAAGCCCCUAGCCUUUUGAGUGCUAACCAACUGUUAGAAUUAGUUUUGGACACGCCUCAAGCUGGAAGGGUUUCUGUAUCAAAUGUAUAUAACAUGCCUUAUAAGGAUAUGGCUGAUAAAUGUGAGGUUCUUCUUAUGGAAAAGCAGAACAUGUCCAGAUUGAUGAGUGCCCAAACAAAGCAAGAACCUUUGAUGGAUUUCCCUUUAACAAAUCCUCAGGAUAAAUUGCCCAAUUUGGAUUUUACUUUCCCCGUCGAUCCGAAGUUAACCAAUCCUUUUAUCGGUGAGAAUACCGAUGUGGAUUUGUACCAACCAAAUUCUGGUCCUGUUCCAAUGCCAUGCACAACUGACUAUCAGAACCAACCUCCUUUGUUCAAACUGCCGGCCGCAAGCCCCUACGACAACUUUCUGAAAGCUGCUGGUUGUUGAUCCUUUGUAGUAAUAAAAAUAUAUUCUAGCAUGUAGUUACAAAAUCAUAAGUAGUUGAUUGGAAUUGGAAGGCCUCGAAGCACCCUAACUUCGCCGGUGCGCAAGGCCUAGAUGUAUCAUGAUGUGUUACGGCUGCUGUUUUGAUCAUAUGAUGUGUUUAAGUUGGUAGAGGCUCAUAUGCAGUUGUCUUCAUAUGAAGUUGAUAGUUGAAAACCAUAAGAUAAUUUGACAUGUUCGACUAAAUUGUAAACUAUCAACUUCACAUGAAAACAACUGUAUGCGAGUUUUUACCUUUAGUUUCUAAAUGUUGACAUCCAAUUUGCUUCUUCACCUAAAUAUGUGAUAUCCAGCAAAAAAAGUCUUCAUUGUUAUGCAGUGCAUGUAAAGUAUAAUAUGUUUUGGUUUUUGGUUUUUUCAUGUACAUACAUAAACAGAAU